AUGGUGGAGGAGGCAAAAGACGACCCUUUAAAGAAUUUGCCCUCAAGGGUGCAUUUCUAUAGUAAAUUCAAUAGUAGUACAGGUGAAUGUGCAGAAGGGUACAACCGAAAUGUGAAGGAGAAAAUUCUACAUAUGGAGAGUGGUGCGGAGACUUAUGCUGAUAGUAUUAGGGAAGCAGAGUGCUAUGUAUCCAGGGUGGGCAGGAGCACGGCGAGCAGCAGUCACUCAUAUUAUAAGGAUCGUUGCAAUUUCCUCUAUUUCUGGAUUGGGAAUAUGUUAUCGAGCAAAUUGACAAAUGGUGUUUUAUUCCCGACCAUUAUGCAAUUGAUUUAUACGGAAUUGGACAAUUGGUAUGGUAUGCAUGAGUGCAAAAUACUUAGCACAAACGCAGACAGCAACCUCUUCCAAGAAAUGAAAAGAAUAUUCGAUUAUUAUCAUGACUAUGGUACAAUAGUUGGCAUAACGAAUGAUGGUAAGCCCCAUUGUAAGACGGAAUAUGAGGAUUACGUAGAUGCACUUCGUACAGCUUACACUAAUGUGGAAACAUACUGCAAAGUGGAUACAAAGAAUGCGAGUGAUGAUUACUGUAAAUGGUUUCAAGAAAAAUUCAAUAAUACCAUUGGCACCAUUCCCAAACCAACAGAUUUGAAAUGUAAACCAAAUCCAAAUGCGAACCAAGCCGGUUCUUCUGGUCCUGGAGCAGUUUCCGAACAUGGUGAUUCUGGUGGUGGUAGCGGUGGUGUAGGUGGCAUGGUUGGUGGUACAUUAGCAACAGUUGGAUUACCAACCAUCGGUUUCUUUUUAUACAAAUAUACUAACAUAUUUGAUGGAAUAAAAAAAUCCCUCUUUGGUGGCAGUAAUAAUACAGGAGGAAGGAAUAGGGGAAGAAGAUCUAUUGGUCGACGACAACACUUUGACGACACUUUCACAGAGAAUGAUUCUUCUACACUAGGAGAUGACGGUUCCACCACCUUAGGUGGUGGUGGUGGUGGGGAAUCGUCCACCUUAGGUGGUAGCUCCACCGAUGUUUCGACCAUCUAUGAUGAUGAUGGAGGACGACGACGUCGACCAUCAUCAUCACCAUCUAGGAAGCCAUAUAAUACACAUCAAAGCAGAAAUAUACGUUAUGGAAGAAUAUAA